UAAUCCAUGGAAUUACGUGGGCACCGUAAUGCGCAAUUUGACAGCGAAUAAAGGUCAAAGUGCAGACAGACGAGGUGGACCAAGACUCGUCGCUCGUCAGUCGUCACCAGCCCAGCGCAGCGCGGCAAUUCAGCAAAGCAGAACAACCCCCACCCGCCGUUUUUCUCCCCCCCACCUUCCCUCCGCGUCCCCUCCUCCGAGGCCACCUAGCAAGCUCCGGCCGUCCGCCCGUCCACGAGCGAGCCGGCCGCCGGCCGCCGCCGAAGCCGAUGAAGAAGCCGGGAAAGCUCGCGCUGCCCUCCCAGGACUCCACCAUCGGCAAGUUCCUGACGCAGAGCGGGACGUUCAAGGAUGGCGACCUGCUCGUCAACAAGGACGGCCUCCGCAUCGUCCCGCAGAGCGAGGAAGGCGAGGCUCCUCCUAUCAAGCCGUUGGAUAAUAAUCAUCAGUUGAGCAUAGACGAUCUAGAUUCAAUCAAAGUGAUCGGGAAAGGUAAUAGCGGAACCGUGCAGUUGGUGCGCCACAAAUGGACUGGCCAGUUUUUUGCUCUCAAGGUUAUACAGCUCAAUAUUCAGGAAAGCAUACGCAAGCAGAUGGCCCAGGAGUUGAAAAUAAGCUUGUUUACACAGUGCCAGUAUGUUGUCACAUGCUAUCAGUGUUUCUAUGUCAAUGGUGUUAUUUCUAUUGCUUUGGAGUAUAUGGAUGGUGGCUCUCUCGCUGAUUUCCUCAAGGCUGUUAGAACCGUUCCUGAGGCCUACCUUGCUGCAAUUUGUAAGCAGGUGUUGAAAGGGCUGAUGUACUUGCAUCACGAGAAGCGCGUUAUACACCGAGAUCUGAAACCAUCGAAUAUAUUGAUAAAUCAUAGGGGUGAAGUAAAGAUAUCAGAUUUUGGUGUUAGUGCCAUCAUUUCUAGUUCUUCUGCACAGCGAGAUACAUUUACUGGCACAUUUAACUACAUGGCGCCUGAAAGAAUCAGUGGGCAGAAACAUGGUCAUCUGAGUGAUAUCUGGAGCUUGGGCCUAGUUAUGCUGGAAUGUGCCACUGGCAAUUUCCCAUAUCCUCCUCGUGAAAGCUUUUAUGAACUUCUUGAAGCUGUUGUCGACCAACCAUCACCUUCUGCACCAUCAGACCAGUUUUCACCAGAGUUCUGUUCAUUCAUUUCUGCUUGUAUCCAAAAAAAUGCUGCAGAUAGGUCAUCUGCCCAAACCCUAUCAGUUCAUCCAUUCCUGAGCAUGUACGAUGACCUGAAUAUCGAUCUUUCUGACUACUUCAGGACCGCAGGAUCACCGCUUGCCACCUUCAAGCAAAUCGCGUUGUGAGACGACAAAUGCUCAACCAUGCGUCAUGAGCUGGAGCUAACUGAAGCAAGUGAAUGGAGUUAUUUUUCUUUUCCUUUUGUUCAUGAACUGGGCUUUGGUGAUAUCUUUGAACCGAGUAUGAUACAAUUGGCUGCAUAAUUAUACAAAUACAAGUUUGUAAAGCAUCAGUGAGGAUCGAAGUUUUGCCUGUCUGCAUACCGGAACCAUCCGUUUGUUGUCUGGCUUUGACCUUUGUUAUGUAUGGGCUUAUCGCUUUUGCAGUUUUACUAAUGAAACCAUAUUUGCUGGGUUGCUUCA